AUGGGCGUGGGUAUCUGCUCCGGCGGGUACCAUAUGACACUGAAAUAUCACACGCAAAUGUCGGAUGAAUUAUCAAUGCACCUCCUCACUACGCCGCUCGUGCACCGUCUCCUCACUUUCCAGAAGAGCGAGCAGUACACCCGACUCAUGGGCAUCAUCCUCUUCAUCGAGUUCACCGUCGUCAUGGUUGCUCAUAUGGUCCUGGAUGAGUUCCUUCUCCAUGCGGUGGCCUUUGGAUCGGGUGUUCUUCUGAUUGUGAUCUGUACAAUGAGACUCAUUCCGCGACAAAUUCCAGAUGCCGUAAUUCGGAAGAGUGUUAAGAGCGUGACUCAUUUUGGAGUUUUCUCCUUCCUUUUUGGAUACAUGGUCUGGCUCAUCGAUGAGUUCGCCUGUAGACAUUUGACCUCCAUCCAACACUCCAUCGGCCUUCCCUUGGCUUUCCUCUUUGAAUUACACGGAUGGUGGCAUGUCUUCACGGCCAUUGGUGGAUACAUUGCCGUCGUGGUUAUCGACAUGCUCACGGCUGGUGAAGUACACGAGGAUCCGACUGGCCAGUUCGCCUGGCCUCUUCCGCUUGUCGCCAGGACGAUGGGGUCAUCAGUGUCUAAGAAAGAGGAUUGA